AUGGCAGAAUGUAGAACUCUUCGUCGAUGGACUCAAAAACAAAUUUUGUGGAAUUUCGCGGAUCCUCAUAAUCUUCUGACCCACAAGCAAUUUGAAGGUGUCAGAUACACCGUACAAGAAGCGUUCGGCAAAUGGGCGGUUGCUCUAGAAGGUUUGGUCGAAUUCGAGGAAGUUUCCAGUGAAAAAAUAGCGGAUAUCAGUGUAUUUUUCGCGAAAAAGAAUCAUUCUUGUUAUGAAGAAUUCGACGGGAAAGGCGGUGUAGUUGCACACUCCAUGUAUCCCCCGUUUGGUGUUUUGCAUUUGGAUGGAGACGAAGAAUGGCAUACGAGGAAUAGAGAAAACGAAGGGGAAGAAGAUGAUGAAGAGAAGGAGAAGGGCAGCAACGACAAGCGGUUUAUCGAUUUGAGAUUGGUUAGCGAAGGAGAUAAUUAA